AUGAAGGCCCAAUUACAAGUCACAGUGCUUUCUGCCAAGCUCAAGGAAAACAAAAAGAACUGGUUCGGCCCUAGUCCGUAUGUGGAGGUCGCUGUGGAUGGUCAGUCAAAGCGGACCGACAAAUGCAACAACACACACAGUCCAAAAUGGAAGCAGGCACUUACUGUCAUUGUGACACCUCUCAGCAAGCUGAUAUUUCGCGUGUGGAGCCACCAAACGCUCAAGGCGGACAUCUUGCUGGGAAUGGCUACACUGGAGAUCCGCGAAACCCUGAAGGCCAACGAGCUGAAACUGUGUGAGGUGAUCCAGACGUUGCAGCUAUGCUCUGAUAGAGAUUCCCGGGAUAUUGUCGGCGACCUGUCGGUCUGUCUGGACGGCAUGCACGUGGACCCGGAAGCUUUCGCCUCAGCAGAGAAAGACCACGCUUCUACCAUGAAAGAUAAUGUGAAGCCAAAUGGAAACACUGGCAACAGAGCAAGUAGAGAUGCAUCUCCCUCCAGCGACUUGGACGAGUGGGUCAUCGUCCCCGACGUACGCGCCGUUAACGGCUCGAGGUCCCCUUCCCAUUCUCCAGGGGGCGCCGCUUGCCCUCGUCGUUCUAGAUCAGCGCGCCCCUCCUCGGCACCCGUUUCCUCCAGCAGUUCGUCUCCUAGCGAGUUAAGCGAGGGUCUGGUAACAGACGCCUCCUCGCAGGCAUCUGCCAGUGGAAGUUCGGAUCAGCACGCAGACUCAGGAGGAGCUGUAGCGAGGCCCAUGGUGGCGAGUGGGCCUAAACCCGCCACGCUGGCAGCACCGGUUGCAGCCCCCUCCAGACUCUCGCCUAUAAACAAUGGCCCCUUGCCACAAGGUUGGGAGCAACGCGUGGACCAGAAUGGACGCAUGUAUUUUGUCGAUCACAUUGAGAAACGGACAACUUGGGAACGACCUGAGUCGUUGCCGACGGGGUGGGAGCGCCGGGUAGACCCCAUGGGCCGUGUCUACUUCGUGGACCACAUCACCAGGACCACCACAUGGCAGCGCCCCACGCAAGAGUCGGUGCGCAACUACGAGGAGUGGCAGCAUCAACGCAGCCAGCUACAGGGAGCCAUGCAGCAGUUUAAUCAGAGAUUCAUUUUCGGGCUCCAGGACCAGUUGGCGGCCACCACUAACAAAGAGUUUGAUCCAAUGGGCCCUUUGCCACACGGCUGGGAAAAGAGGACCGACACAAACGGCAGAGUAUAUUUCGUCCAUCACCCGACAAGGACGACUCAGUGGGAAGACCCGAGGACACAAGGUCUGCUGAAUGACAAACCACUACCCGAAGGCUGGGAGAUGAGAUUCACCGUAGACGGAAUCCCCUACUUUGUGGAUCACAACAGGCGAACCACCACCUACAUCGAUCCUCGCACGGGCAAAUCUUCGCUUGAGAACGGACCACAAAUUACAUACGUCAGGGACUUUAAAGCCAAAGUGCAAUACUUCAGGUUCUGGUGUCAGCAACUGUCAAUGCCUCAACACAUUAAGAUUUCCGUAUCCAGGAAAACCUUGUUUGAGGACUCAUUCCAGCAGAUCAUGAGUUUCCAUCCUCAAGAUCUGAGACGAAGACUGUGGAUCAUAUUCCCCGGGGAGGAAGGUUUGGACUACGGUGGCGUGGCCAGGGAGUGGUUCUUCUUGCUAUCUCACGAAGUGCUCAACCCCAUGUACUGCCUGUUCGAGUACGCCGGCAAGGACAACUACUGUCUGCAGAUCAACCCCGCCUCUUACAUCAACCCUGACCACCUCAAGUACUUCAAAUUUAUCGGGCGCUUCAUCGCCAUGGCUUUGUUCCACGGCAAGUUCAUCGACACAGGUUUCUCGCUGCCUUUCUACAAACGCAUCCUGAACAAGCCCCUCGCCCUCAAAGACUUGGAGUCUGUGGAUCCAGAGUUUUAUAACUCUCUCAUAUGGAUCAAGGAUAACAAUAUAGAAGAGUGCGGGCUAGAGAUGUUCUUUUCCGUUGACAAAGAGAUCUUAGGUGAGGUCACCACGCACGAGCUCAAACCAGACGGCGGAAACAUUCAGGUGACCGAGGAAAACAAGGAAGAGUACAUCAGGUUGGUGGCUGAGUGGAGGCUGUCCAGAGGCGUGGAGGAACAGACCCAGGCCUUCUUUGAGGGCUUCAACGAAGUUCUACCCCAGCAGUACCUUCAGUACUUUGACGCCAAGGAACUAGAGGUGAUGCUGUGUGGCAUGCAGGAAAUCGACCUCGUGGACUGGCAAAGGAACACCAUCUACAGGCAUUAUGCUCGCAGCAGCAAACAGAUUCAUUGGUUCUGGCAGUUUGCGAAGGAGAUGGACAACGAGAAGAGGAUGCGACUGCUGCAGUUCGUCACCGGAACGUGUCGCCUCCCUGUUGGGGGCUUUGCUGACCUCAUGGGGAGCAACGGCCCACAGAAAUUCUGCAUCGAAAAAGUGGGCAAAGAGAACUGGCUUCCGAGAAGCCACACAUGCUUUAAUCGCCUGGACUUGCCUCCCUACAAGAGCUACGAGCAAUUAAAGGAGAAACUCAUGUUUGCUAUCGAGGAGACGGAAGGCUUCGGGCAGGAGUAA